CUAUUUUUUAUCAAAACAGUCUCCUAGCUUAUUGUCCUAACUUCACGCACGUACUUCACACUUAAAAAAAAUUAAAAAAUAUGUAUUGAUACUUAAAAUAUUUAAAAUUAUAUAAACAUAAACUCAAUUUAAGAUAUGCGUUAUCAAGUUUAUUGUUAGCACCAGGCCGCCAGAACGGUACUGAAUUGUUUGUGUUACAUUAACAGUAUUUGAAAAAGUUUAAAUAAUUAUAAAUUAUUCAAUAGCAAUGAAAUAGACAGUUAUAGCUAAUGUUUAUAUUUAUUAUUCAAUAAAGAAUACAUUUGUAUAAAUAUUUUUAUUGUAACAAGUUUUGUAUAUUGUUUUUUUGGAAAAAUGGAAGAUGACUAUGAUGAAUAUCGACGCUGGGAUGGUGAUGUUGAUGUAGAGGUUUGUUUUGUAUUGUAAUAUUAUAAGGUUUUCAUAAGUAUUAUACCUAGACAAAUUAUAUUGAUGCGACUAUCUACUUACUUAAGCUACCUACAAUUGAUGACUUAUCUAUAAUUUUAGGCCAAACUAUCGAAGUUUAAAAAUUUCGAUAUUCCUCACCUAAAUAUAAUUUAUAAUUACAAAAGCAUUUAAAAAUGUUAUUUAAGUCAAUAUAUAAUAGUUAAAAUAUUUACGAAAUUAAUAUAAUAAGUACAAUAUGAAUAAUAUAAUAUAAAUUAAUAUAUUACUUUUUUAUUAAAAUUUCAAUGACAUUAAUUCCAAAAUUGGAAUAUCCCUCUACUGUCAACAUUGUAUUCCAUGCAGAUGUUUUAAUUUUUGAACUGUGGUUGUUUGACAGUAUCCAUUUUAUACUGUGCAAUUUUAUCUUUUUAGCUGCAUUUUAAAAACAGCAGUUAAAAUUGAAAAAAAAAAAACCUAAAACCAUCAUGUCCAAACGACCCUGGAUAUGAGUUCAAAUCUAAACAAAAUUUAAAUAUUUUGCCUGUGGAUUUUGUGUCCUUAGAUAUUAUGACCGAUUACUUUUUCAAUAGUUUAUAUUUAAUUUAAGAUUAAGUUAAAUCUCAAUAUCUUUUCUAUCAACUAGAAAGAUGUCCAAGUAGAUUAUUGAAUGUAUUGAUUAUUCAAUGGUUUUUUUCUAUUUAGUUUUGUAUAUAUUUUGAAGUUUGUACAUUUGAGAAAAAUAAGUAUCCAAGAGUUGCAUGUAAUUGAAAAGAAAUUAGAUUAUAUAUUAAUAGUAUACUUUAAAUUAAUGCAAGGUAGAAGUUAGAUUAAUCUGAAAUUUGGAUUGAUAAAUAUAUAUUACAAAUUUGAUUUCUAAUCCUGAUGUACGGAACCAAUCUUUCAAUCUAAAUAUUGAACACAAUUAUAAUGAAAAAUAAAUCAAAUUGUUUAAUUUAGAAUUUUUUAGUAAAUAAUAGUGUUUUAGUUGUAUAAUAAUUUUUUUAAAUUGUGUAUGUAUUAAUGUAAAUUGAAUCAUUAAUAUGUUAGUCUUAAACAUUGUUAGAUUAUACUGUACAAUUUUGUCAAUUAAUCAAUUGGAAUGUGAUUAAACCUCAUUGUUCCAGAUCCAGUGUUCAGUAAUAUUUUAAAAAGAUCAUUAAUUUAAUUUUGAAAAAUAUUUGAAAAUCUGCCAAAAAAGAGUUAUUUUAAUUAUUUGUAGUGGACAUCUAUAUUUUAACAAAAUGAAAAUUGUUAUUUUUUUUUUUAUACUUUCACUUUAAAAAAAAAUAUUGGUCUGAAAAUUAUCAAGUAGUAGAUUUUUAAUUUAAACUAACAUUUAGAAAUAAGGUUAAAUUGCUUACUUGGUUUAGAUAAAAAAUCAAUUGAAUUUGAAUUUCUUACUAAAACUAAACUAUGUUGAUAAUUUUAGUUAACUCUUUUAAUUACUUUUAUAUAAUCAUAAACAAUAUUAUUAUUAGAGAACAUUGAAUAAAACGUAGGCAAUUUAGCGUUUUUUUGUUUUUAAAUAUUGUAAUAGGAACAUGCAUUGUGAUUUGUAAACAGGUACCAUUUUUAUUUUAUAAUUAGAUAAUAGGUAUCAUUUCUUUAUUAUUCAUCUAAAUUUGUCUAUUUUUUUAAUACAAAAUUUAAAACACUCAAUAAAGAUCUUAGAUCUAGAUAUAUUCUCUACUAAAAACCGUUCUUGAAUACUUAAAUAUUUUAGGUAGAUGAUAAUGAUGACAUACUAGAAAAUCCACAAGAAACUUUAACUCAGUGUUUAGAAAAAUUUAGUAGUCCAGAUUAUAUUAUGGAACCAGGGAUAUUUUCACAACUUAAAAGGUAAUAUUUUAUACAAUAAUAAUUACUUAUUACUAUACCAUUAUAUUAUAUGUUAAAUUUAAAAUAAGUAAUUUUAGUUCAUAAUUUUAUUAUAAUAUACUGAUUGAAUGUGAUGUUGGUUUGUUUUGCUAAUAAGUAAACUAUUAUUUAAAUUUUAAAUAAUUAUUAUUUUAUGUAGAUAUUUUCAAGUGGGUGGUACUCCUGAACAUGUAAUAGAAUUGUUGUCAAAAAAUUAUAUUGGUGUUGCUCAGAUGGCAAAUAUGGUAGCUGAAUGGUUAAUUCUUGGGGGUAAUUCUGAUUUUGAUUUCUAUUUAAAAAUGGUAUUAUUUAUAAUACUUAUUACUUACAUAAUAUGUAGUUACAUUAAUAAUUAUAUAAUUUAAUUGUAUUUACCAAAAUGUUAUGUUCUAAAAAUAAAAUGUUUAUGAAGGUGUUGCAGUAGGUGAAGUUCAAUCAUUUGUUGAAAAUCAUCUAAAAGAUAUGGUACUUAAAACAUUUGAUCCAAAAAAAGCUGAUACGAUUUUUAGUGAGGAGGGAGAAGUAUGUUAUUUUAACUGUAUUAUUUAAAAUUGUAUUCAUUUAUAUAAUGUGUUGAUUUACUAGACUCCAGCUUGGUUAACAGAAAUGAUUGAACACAAAAUUUGGAGGUCAUUAAUUUACAGAUUGGCUGAAGAAUAUCCUGAUUGUUUAAUGCUUAACUUUACAAUUAAGGUUUUUACUAUUGAUGAAAUAAAUACAUAUAUAUACUUACCUAUUUGUAUGGUUUUAAUUUUGAUUUUAUAUUCUAUAGUUCUAUACUUAUUUUUUGAUUGACAGUUGAUAUCAGAUGCCGGAUAUCAAGGUGAAAUCACAAGUAUAUCUACCGCAUCUCAACAAAUUGAAGUCUAUUCACGGAUAUUAAAAAAUUUCAUUACAGAAUCUAUAAAAACAUCUAGUGAAAAUAGACAAAAUACAAUUCAAGAAUGUGCUGUGAGUUAAUUGUUAUUAUUUUUAAAUUUCAACUCUGAAUCAUCAUUAUGCAAUGCACUAAUUAAUAAAAAAAAAAAAAUGAAUAAUUAAGUUAGUUAAUUCAAAUUUUGCAAAGUGGAUGUCUUUAAAUACCUAAUUGUUAUCAUAAAAUGAAAAAACAACAUGCACAAGAAGAUAUCGUAUGAAUAGCAUUUGGUAACUAAUAUUACUAUAAUAUUAUACUGUUAUGAAACUCCUGAAGUUAAAAUUAUUGUCACAAAAUGUGAAUACACUCUUAUAAAACUUAUUUUGUGAUCAUUAGUUGCAUACGAGAGCAAAACCUGGUCAUCAUGAUUUAAGAUAUAUUUUUAUAUACUUGAUAUAUUAAUACAUACCCAGUUUAAGCAUGUCUUAAAUUGUUCUAUUCACUGACUAAUGAAAAUAGUAGAUUGACUACUUUCAAAAGAUACUGCAGAAUAUAUACUGUCAAGCUAUAAUUCAAAGAUGCAGACUUACAAAAGAAGAUAAAUUUAAGACCAGCAGAAGAUAUAUCCAUGUCAAAUUUAAAAUCUAAUGUCUGAAAUUGUUUAGACAUAUUUGAAGAUACCUAAAUAAUAAAAGUGGUAUUGAUAAAGAAAUUAAACAGAAAACGACUAUUAGGGAACUCAGGAUUCAGUUGGUAAAUUACUCAUAAUAUAGAAAACAUGAUUUGUAAUCUCAACAAACUUACAAGUUGGGCAAGAAGAAAAAUUCAAAUUUUAAGUUAUUACUUAUUCUAAGUUAUAAUUUUUUCCUCUUUAAAAGUACAUACAUACAUUUUUUUUAAUUAGGAAUGCCUGAUAGCUCAUUCAUGUAAACCUAUUACCUUGAUUUUACAUAAUAUUUAAAUAGUUGUAUAAUUAUUAAUUUACAAUAAACAAGAAUUUUUAAAAAAAUGUCAACAUAUAAAAUAAACAAUGUAGUUUUCAAAAACUGUAAAAUUGAAACAACAAAAAAUGUAGUGAGUGUCAGUUAUAGCUUAAAAAUAUAUUUUAAUAUAGAUAUUUUAGAUUCUGAAUGGAGCGAAGAAGCUCAUGGUUUUACAAAGAUGUUUUUUUUUCUUUGGACAGCUUUUAUAUCUGCAAUUUUCCUACGAUAUACAAUUAUAGCACAUUUUUGAAAGUAAAUUUGAAAAAUGGGAAAAUUAAUACAACAUUAAACAAAUAUUAUUAAAGUAAAUCUACAAGCUGUUUUGGAGAUAAUAAAGAUAGUCAAAUUCUGUUUUUUUUUUUUUUAUAUAUAUAUGUAUAUAUAUUACAAGAAUGCAGUCUACAAACAUUAUAAAUAUUUGUAUUUUAAAUAUAAUUUAAAUUUAUUAUUAUUAUUUUUUUUUUUAGUAAAAAAUUACUUUUUAUUUUAAUAUUUUUAAAAAAAAUUAAGAUGGCCAGUUUGUAGAAUAUAUUCUAAAAUUUGUAAAGUGUCAUACAUUCAUGUAAUUCCUUACUUAUAUCUGUUUAACAUUUAGAAAAAGUUGUGAAAAACGACUGAAACAAAUCAACAUGUUAUGCGAUAGUGAAUUAUAGUCUCAAUACUAGGUACAUGUGACAACGGCUAAAAUAGUAAUUUUCCCAAAAAAAAAAAAAAUAAAUAAAUAAAUUCUUAUAUAAAUAUUUGAAUUAAAACCUGUGAGUAAUAUAAAUAAAAAAAAAAACAGAAUUUGAUUAUCUUUAUUAUCUCUGGAGAUAUUCAAGGGAUAUAUCUCUGUGGGACAGCCUGUAUAAUGCCUAUUUAAUUUUUUUACCAUGUAGCAUAUAUAUUGUUGACAAAAAGGAUCACUAUCAACUGAACUCCGCUCAGAAUCGGUUUUUUUCCUUAGCAAUGUUUUGUUUUUGCUUAUAUAAGUAAAUUAAUUUAUCUAUAACAAUGACUACACCCGUCUCCAUUAUCCUAGGAAACUUUUUUUUGUACUUAUUAUGGUUAAUAAAUGUUAACAUAAUUUUUUUUUUUUAGAAAAUGGUAUGUCAUAGCCAACAUACAUAUGUGUUUACAUUAGUUGCUCUUCAAGUUUUAGCUAAAGAAUCAAAUGGAGGAGUAAAUAUGAAGAGGUUUUCUCAAGAAAUAACUCGUUGUGCCCAAGAAAGGUAAUAUGACCGAAAUAUUCAAAUAUUAAGAACUGUAUUCAAUUUAUAUUAUAAUUUACUAGAAAUGAUGUUACUCCUAUUACUAUGGCAUUAAAUGGUGCUGCACCAUAUGACCAGCCAUGUGCAGCAUUAAGUUCCAUGUUAUCUCGGAAUGCUUUAAAUCCUGCUGAUAUCAAUGUAUUACACAAACAUUAUUCAUCAUCUGAUUCUCCUCCUGUUACAUUACUCCGGGUACCUCAAUUUCUCGGUAAAUUUACUCACUUGUAUAUUUAUAUUAAACAUUUUGUAAAUUUUACUUAAUUUAUAUUAUUUAAUUUUGCUUAUAGAAUUAUUAGUACAGGCUUUAUUUAAACCUGGAAUGAAACUAAAUCCAGAAUACAAGCCUAAGUAUAUUUAUCUUUAUGCUUACUCUGCUAGUGUUUAUGAAGUCACAUCUGGCAAAAAAAGGAAAAUCAUAAAUAAAGAAGAUUUAAAAUCUACUAUGCAAGCAGUUGAUAGAGUUCAUAAUAUAUGCAAUAUGAAUAAAAGUUCAACAGAGUUAAUUGCUGAAGUUGGAACAAUUUAUCAAUGCAUCAGGUAAUUCAUAUUUUAAUGCUUGGAUUGAAUUAUCAAUUAGUAGUACCCAAGUAUUGAUAACUUAACAAAUCUAGAUCUAAAAUCUUGUUAUAUUUAAUUUAAAUAGGUACUAUGUAAAAUUUUUAUUUUAAAAAUAUCAAAAAGUCCGGCAGGACAUAUUUCAAAAAUUUAAAGUAUAGAAUUAUAUUACAUUGGAGGAUUUCACUGGUCAUCUAUAUUAUAUUAUUAUACGAUUGUAAUUGCCUAUAAUUUUUGUACAAACUGGAAUUAUAUCAAUAUAAAUUUCAAUAUAGGUAUCCUGCUGUUGCUGUUGGUUUAAUAUGUUGGGUCGAGAGUACAGUUACAGAACCAAGUUUCUUUAAGUUGUGUACUGAACAUACUCCUACACAUUUAGCACUUUUAGAUGAAGUUGUUACAUGCCAUCCACAACUACAUAAUAUCAUAUUAAAAUUAUUUGUUUCUCUUUUUGAAUCCAAACAAGAUGAACUGGAAAUUUUAGUUCAGGUGAGUUUAUAAAUAAACUAUUUCCUUCCUACCUAUUGUUUUACAAUAGAUUAUAUUUAUUUCCAUCAAAAAGUGGUGUGUUUUAAUUAAAAAAAUAAAAUGGAAUGAAGAAGGAUUAAUAUUUAUUCAUUAUAAUUUCUUUCAUGCUUUCUUUGUUAAUUUUUUUUUAGUUAGAGAUGAAAAAGAUGCUGCUCGAUCGCAUGGUGAACUUGUUAUGUUGUGGCUGUGUUGUUCCCGUUAUAAAAUACAUUGAACAGUGUUGGCAACGUGCAGAUACUGAUAUUUCUUUAAUACGUUAUUUUGUUACUGAAGUAAACAAUACAUUAUAAUAAUACUAGUUUUUUUUCAGGAUUUUAAUAUUUAAUGUAUUUUUAUAGGCCCUAGAAGCAGUCUCUCCUCCUUAUUCAUUAGAAUUUGUUGAUUUAUUUUUACCAAUUGUCGAAAAUGAAGAAAUUACUGGUACAAUGAGAUGUGAUGGAGAUAAUGAUCCAGUUUCAGAAUUUAUUGGUCAGUAUUUAUUUUAAAAAUAUUUUAGUUGAUUAUACAGUGUUCAAUUCUUGAUAAGAUACUUUUAAUCUUAUAAAUGUAUUAACUUUUUUUUUCAGAACAUUUAUGAAACAAGCAGCUCUAAAAUCAUUAUUAUUUUGUCACCCAGAUUAUUUAAGAUGAAAUUAAAAGUAAGUAGUUAGAGCUGCUUGGUUUCUAAAAUUUUCUCAAAAAUGUUAAUAUUUCUGAGAUAAUGAGUGUUUUAAGAAGGAUUGAUCAUCUUGAAUUUUGAGUAGAGUUUUAAAUUUUUGUUCAAUAUAUUUUAAGUAAUUAACUCAUGCUUUAAAUUGCAUGUUUUAAUUUUAUAAAUUGGUAAAUAAUCAUCAUUAUGAAAGCAUUUAAAUAUUUCUAAAAAGAAAUGUAUUUGAUUUAUUCUUACUUAAAUGCACCAAAAUUAUCAGUAAAUAUGUAAAAUUCUGAAUUCGUAACUCUGCUUAGAAUCAAUUGAUUACAAGGAUUUAUCAUUGCCUUCAAAUUAGCAUUUGUCUAACAAUUUUAUUUUUAUUUUUCAGUACAUUGCAAAGGAAUGUCAAUGUAAAGUUCUAAUUAAAAUUUAUAUUUGAUGUAAAAUUAUAAGUCUUAAAUAUAUGAAUAAAUACAAUAUAGUUUAAUAUUUUAUCA